CCUGGACAGCGUGGACUCUACACACCCAGAUCUCUCAUCACCCUUCGCGGUCAGCGGAAUUUCAACAGUCUACAAUCCAGUUCCCCAAUGAUACGGUCCGUGCAUGGAAGGAGACAUGCUCUUCGGACCUCUUCCCCUGCUUUCAGCGAGUCACAACUCUACAGAUAUGCCUUAAGGCCUGGAAACCCUAGAGUUGGAAGUGCUGUUACUGUUGGUUCAUCGCCAGGCAUGCUCCCUCGACGUCAUGGCAUGCCCGGCUAUCGUCCUGAACUAAACAACUCCUAUUCUUCGUUCAUACGCCUUCCUUCGCCCGCUGUGUCCUCAAUGAAUGUACCGUCCAUGGCCAAUGGACAUGCUCUGCAGAGGACAAUCACGCCAAUGUCUCUGCAAAGCCUCCGACGAACCUACAACAACAGUGCUGCCUCUCUCGCAGGACUACCAACGUCUCCCACUGAAUCUAGUGUCCCUCGUUACUAUGACUAUUCUGAGUCUUUCAUCGAAGAAGACUGCUUCUCCCCACUGGCGGACGACCAAGGAGCAAAUACGCCCUUCACAAUCAAUCAAAAAAUCAUGGGAGAUCAACUCGGGCCAGAACGCCGACAGGCAAUAUCUCCAUUUGGGACCAUGCCAGGAUCAGCGUACAGACCUUCAGAAUUACCAACCAUGCACAACCGACGUGGUAGUGAAGUUUCAAAGUUGUCGAAGUAUAGUUAUUCAGGGGUCAUACCACCACGAAAGUCGAGCCUGGCUGCCACUACAACUCCCGUGAUGAGCCGCAGCACAACACAGAAAACUUUGCAGAGGUCCGCAACAGCUGAACCAGUCUUCCCGAGGAGGCAUUCCAGGGACGAGAGAGAUAAUCCUCGAAGCUCGACCGCCUCACGCCGAACAUCUGCCUCGAUCCAUGCCAGUGCAUUCUUCCCUAAUGCUAGUCGAAGCCCUCGCGACCUGACCACCCUUGCCGCUCGGGUCCAUUCACCAGUAUUUGACCAAACGACUUCGAACCACUCCAUUUUGGAGACGCUGGAACAGGUCAAUCAUCGUGAGGGGGAUGCUCAGACAGGGAACUCAGAGGGUCAUGUACAUAUUCGCUCAGCCUGGGAGUUACCUGAUCUGACCCUCCAACCGCUGUCCAAUGCCGUAUGUCCUGUUCUUUUACGGGAACGGCCCAAGACAUCCAGCGCUGCUCAGUCCAAACCGGUCGGUGAGAUUCUAUCUCCUGUGCCUGAGCGCCCGAUGUCUUCACAGAGCCGCAAAAGGUUCAGCCGUAUAUUCGAGAUUGGAGAGAGCUAUUCUGUGGAACACAACAAAGUGUCGGGGCAAGUCCAGAAGUUCUGCAGGCUCAGCUUUGUGAAAGAACAAUCAGAUGCCGGCACCUUCGCAGAACUUCCGGCCUGGCCACCAGAUGCAAGGCAUGACCGUGACUCCCUCAACGAAGAACCUCGGCGCAUCAUAUCACCACUAGAUAGUUCUUGCAAAGAAACGAACAUGGCAGCCAACAAGAUGACUCUGCACGACAAAUCAACAGUCGAGUCUCUCUUGGACCAACAUAUCGAGUGCUUGGGCUUGAAGGGGGAUGGGUCUCCUUCAUUCGGAAGUAGCGAUGACUCCGACCACUCUGACAAUGGUGCUGGUAGCAGUGGCAAUAGCACUGUCAAAUUACCUCCCUUCUUUCGAGAGACGUGGUCGCAACCCUCGAUGAGACCCACAACUUCAAGCUCAUGUCAACCAUCUAGCCUCGCCAGCUCGGAACAGUGUAGACUAAGGCCCCGACGGCUGUUCGCCAGCAUGGACCCGAGACUGCACUCGAGGGUCAUUCUGGAGACCUUUCGAGACAAUUCAUCCGCGAACCUCUCCUCUGCCACGACAUCAACGACCGUCAAUAGGCAAACGUCCUCCGGCUGGCAGAUUUUGCCUUCUACCAGUCAAUCGACCCCCCUCCAAACAGGCACAAAAGUAUCGCUAACUUCUGGUGACUUGGGAGACGUUGAUUCGGAUCCUCCGUUGACCAAAUUCAAAGUCAAAAGGCAUUCAGACCUGAGUAUCACUUCCUCGGUGUCCACCAAGGAGUCACCGGACACGGACCACAGGUUGAGCCGGAUCGGUAGCCACGUGUUGCCUCGCAGGUCCAAGAGCGAUGUGCUCGCUAGACAGAUGUGUCACCGCAGACGGAGAGCGCGAAUCAUGCUUAAAGCGAAAAAGAAAUCCACAAGUCAUGGACAGGUGACGACGCUGGACACAGAUGAGCCGCAUGACGGUGAAGGAGAACCCGAAGACGACUGGACAACAACAGAGUCGCCUGAGGAACUCACCACGGCAUCCCCAGUGAAUGGGUAUGCUGAAUUGAGCGCGGAGUCAGUGGUCGUGCAGCCACCCACGAUGAUUUCAACGGAUAGUGUUCUGCUUCCAUCUUCCAUGCCGCGAAGAUGGACCAGUAUGUUAGCGGCAAUGCCGGAGCCGGUGAAAACAAGUGCAGAUGUCGUCCGAAGAGCAUCUGUCCGCACCGUGCGUACACAUAGAAGCAAUCCCAGCAUCAUCGAGCCUCUUAACAGUACCCGUCAGAGCUCGCAGGUCCAACGGUUGGGAUCCGUCCCUCAGCUUGCACCUCCAGAAUUCGGUCCUCCUUUGACAUCUUCAGAUCUCAAUUUAAGCCUUGGACUCCCUGCACCGCCUCCAAACUCUCGUCCGCCUCUUCGUCAAACCCAGAGUUUCUUUUCCGACGACAGCUCCGCCCAGCAUCGUGGUCAUGGACCAAACAAGCGUUUCGAUCUCCACAGUCUUCGAAGUGGCUUGACGAGAUCGACGGGGCUGAGGGGCACUCGAGGAAGCUCCACCCGAAACAAUGUCGAGAUGACACCACUCCAAAAGGGUAAUAUGAUGUUUCGGAAAUCUCCUGAUUACGCCCGGUCGUCUCUUGGAGACAUUGUUCCAAUGACGGAUUUCGCAUACAAGAAGCGGAAGGUUCUGGAUCGAUUCAAAGAUUGGUUCAAGAGGCAUGCAUGCAAAAGGCGCCGUUAAUCAUGAGGGAUCGAG